AUGACAUCCUCUUUCGACAUCUCGAAAGCGCGCGAACGCUUCCCCGCACUACAGCAGGACCAGGUAUUCCUUGACAACGCCGGAGGCAGCCAGGCUUUGGGAGACGUGAUUGAUUCCAUCACUCAGUACCUGUCCAAGACCAAUGUCCAACUCGGUGCUUCGUACCACACGGGCACGCAGUCAAACACCAAAUAUGAGGAAGGAUACCAAGCAGCUGCAAAAUACAUUAACGCAGGACGCGACGAGAUAGUACUUGGAGCAUCCACAACCCAGCUCUUCAUGAAUUUGUCCAGCGCAAUGCUACUGAACGAAGGGGAUGAGAUUAUCCUCUCGAAGAUGGAACAUGAAACCAACGUGAAGCCGUGGCUAUUUAUGGCUGAACGCCUUAAGCUGAAAGUGACCUGGUGGCACUCAGAUAAGCCUGAGCUGAAGCUGACUGCAGAGAACCUGAGGCCGCUUCUCUCAACCAAGGUCAAAUUUGUGGCGUGUACACAUGUCUCGAAUGUUCUCGGGUCAAUCCAUGAUGUAUCGGCGAUUGCAAAUGCUGUCCACGAAGUGGGCGCGUUAUUCUGCGUGGAUGGUGUGAGCUUUGCGCCGCACAGAAGGGUUGAUGUGAAGGCUUUUGGUGUCGAUUUUUACGCGUUCUCAUGGUACAAGGUCUAUGGUCCGCACAUCGCUGUAUUGUAUGCCAGCAACUCCGCUCAGCAGUAUGUCAAGCCUAUGGCGCACUUUUUCAAUCCAACCAAGACACUCGAGGAUAAGCUCGGCUUUGCAGCUUCGAAUUACGAAGGAGUGCAAGCAAUCCCUGAAAUUGCGAGAUACCUUGAGGGUUCUGACCAGGCGAUCAUCGAACACGAGGGCAAACUUCAGAAGAUUUUGCUCGACUUUCUGAACUCCCGUAACGAUGUCACUGUUAUCGGCUCAGCGUCCGCCGACUCGAAGGAACGUGUGCCGACGAUCUCGUUUGUCGUUGAAGGUAUUAGCCCAAAGACAAUCGUCGUAGAAGCUGAGAAAAUCUCCAACUACGGCUUUAGGUGGGGUCAUUUCUACUCGAAGAGGCUAUGCGAUGAAAUCCUGAAGACUGGUCCAGAAGGUGUGACAAGGGUCUCAAUGGUGCACUAUAACACCGAGGAGGAGAUUCACGGCUUAGUCGAGGUUCUGAAGAAGGUUCUGCCACAGUCUUCGUAG